AGAGAAGUGGCGCAUUUUGUUUAAUUUUGGCCACCCGCUAAUCGUAUAGGGGUAUACCAUUAUCUGGCGUAUGUUUUAUUGCAGCAAAAUUUAAAAAAGAAAACGCGCAAUUUUGGUGAACCGAAGGAACCGAAAGCAACAUAGAAACUCGUGUAGAGUUAACUAUUUGUCGUAAAAGCGACGGCAUCUUAAAGAAGACAUCUUCCUUUCUGAACGUGAUUGAAUAAGACUUAAUACACCAAUACCGCAUCCCCUUUCUGAUCGAUUUUAAUUGAGCAAAAAGCAAAGCUUUUCAUUUUUUGUUGUUAAAACGAUUAUCUCAGAUUUGUAACAUUAUAUUGGUUGCUUUACUGUCUUACCGGGCACGAGCAAGUAUCUUUUAGAAAGACAAUUUCUGUCUGUCUCUUAAAAUUUAGUUUAUCCCAAAAAAAAACUCACACUCCACUUUCUGCUGAUCGGAGCAUUUUUAUCUAAACGCUGGUCGGUUAAUAAAACUUUGAUCCUUGAUCCUCUUCCAUCCUGUUUGGGAGUCACUCUUAAAGGCAAUCGUUUAAGUUUGUCGUUUGAAAAUAAAGUUUAAACUCCCCCAAUUGCUUAAAACACGAGCAGAAUGGAACCGUUUUCAUCGGACAUAUUGUGGCUGGUGAUCUUGGGUUUCGUGAUAGCGUUCAUUCUGGCAUUUGGCAUCGGUGCGAAUGAUGUAGCAAACUCGUUCGGUACUAGCGUCGGGUCUGGUGUGCUGACAAUACGCCAGGCCUGUUGGUUGGCUACCGUAUGCGAAGUGUCUGGUGCUGUAUUGAUAGGCUAUAAGGUGUCCGAUACGAUGCGCAAAGGUAUCCUGGAAGUUACGAUGUACAAGGGCGAUGAAAUCGAACUAAUGCUCGGCUGCCUAUCGUCUUUGGCAAGCUCAGCGUUGUGGCUGCUGGUAGCAACGUUCCUAAAAAUGCCCAUCUCCGGCACGCACAGCAUCGUUGGAUCGACGAUCGGAUUCAGUCUGGUGGCACGUGGCACCCAAGGGCUCAAAUGGAACACACUGCUUACGAUUAUCGGCUCCUGGUUCAUCUCGCCCGUACUGAGCGGUUUAGUGAGUGUGGCGCUAUUCUGGAUGAUCCGCAAGUUCAUCCUGAACGCGAAGAACCCCCUGGAAGCUGGACUGUUCACGUUGCCCGUUUUCUAUGGUGCGACCUUGGCUGUGAAUGUUUUUAGUAUCGUGCACGAUGGACCAAAAUUGCUGUAUAUGGAUAACAUCCCGGUGUGGGUGGCGCUCGUGGUUAGCCUGACGCUGGGCUUCACCGUGGGAAUAUUGGUACGGUUGAUAGUUGUGCCGUGGCAAAGGCGCAAGAUUAUCAAUGGUUCGGAUGGCGGAAAUAAGACAGAGUUCAUGCUUGGCGAUUCGGACGGUGAUUCGUCGUCCAAUGGUAGUCCGCGUCGGGCGAAACGGCCACUUUCCUUGGUGGCGAGUGACGGAAAAUCACUACCAGCCAUUACCGAGACGACCGAGCUAGUGUCGCUGUCCUCGCAGCAUCAACAACAGGCCCCACAAAAUGGUUUGGUAAAGAAACUCUCCAAUGACCUAACAUCUGGCGGUGUUAUCGGUGGCCCGUACAGCUUCAAUCCGGAAAUAGUGAAGAAGGCUACCAGCUUGCUCGGUGCUCAGGACAAAACCAGCCUUGACAACACAGACCUUACCGUGACUAGCUUGAACUUUAUCGAUGAAUAUCAGUCGUAUCACGGCAAUGGGCGCUUCCAUCUCGGCACCUAUUUCGAUCGUCGAAACAGUACAAACGUUUCACCGAAAUCGCCCGACUCUGGACAUCUCAGCAAUGGAGGAUUGAAAGAACAACCUACCGUGAUCGCGCUACAGAACGGAAAAUCGCCCACCAGUCCAAAGAGUGAUAGUACCCUUCCGAUAACCGAUUACACACUAUUGCCACAGAAUGUGCUACUGAGCGGUACUGAUCAGGAUAUCAAGAAGACAGAUAUGUGCAAGAUUGAGGCAGUCGCAGGUUUAGAACAUCCGCUCAUCAGUGCAACGCUUUCACCUAACUCGAGCAAAGUACCAUUGAUUGGUGCAAAGGAAGGCUCUGAAGAAGACAACCGAAGACAAAAACCGGUUGAAGAAAGUGAAGACGUAUCGAAACUGUUUUCCUUCCUGCAGGUACUGACCGCUACGUUUGGUAGCUUUGCACACGGUGGCAAUGAUGUCAGCAAUGCCAUUGGACCAUUGAUCGCUCUAUUUAUGAUUUAUCGCGAAGGUUCGGUACUGCAACAGUCUGAAACGCCUCUACUAAUUCUGCUAUACGGAGGACUGGGCAUUUCCGUUGGUCUAUGGCUGUGGGGUAGGCGUGUGAUCGAAACGAUCGGUAAUGAUCUCACAAAAAUUACUCCAUCGACUGGUUUUACCAUAGAAAUCGGUGCCGCCCUAACCGUCUUAAUCGCGUCCAAGAUCGGUCUGCCCAUUUCAACGACCCAUUGUAAGGUGGGUUCGGUCGUAUUUGUCGGUCAAGCGAACUCACGGCCAAUGUCGGACGAAAGCAGUAAACAUUCGCAUCAUGCCGUAACUGCGCAGCAGAAAGCCGUCGAUUGGGGAUUGUUCCGAAACAUCGUAUACGCUUGGGUAGUAACUGUUCCGGUAGCGGCUCUCUUAAGUGCUGGUUUUAUGGUGGCCCUUCGCGCUAUCGUGUUACCUUAAGCAGAGUGGACGGCAUUAAUCCCUACCGUUUAGUAGCAGAACAGCAAUAACAAAGUGACAGAAAAACAAAAUGCACCAGCGGUACGUCAGGAAACGCAAGCGGACAACAUGGAACAAGUGCGUCCCAGCAUUCAUUCGUGCGGCGGACAUCCUUGUACGAGCGUUGCGUCACAUGCCCGGCGCAAAUGAAUUCAAACGAAUGCAUGGGACGCAAAUGGCUAGAAUGCUGUUUAGAGAACAUCGAAGGUCACUUACUCUUAUCUCCAGAACUUUAGUUACUUAAGCGCAACAUCUUUAAGAUAGAAAUAAUUUUGUACUGCAAUAGCGUUAGUUCAUUCUCAUCUCAGAACAUGUUUUUCGUACACUACUAGUCUCCAGAAGGAAGGUUACAGGGUUUUUUUUUAUUUGGAUUAUAUACGAGGACAAAAAGCUUUAGCCGAAUUUGAUAGGAUGCCAAAAAGUAGCGUUCUUUCUAUCCUUCAUUUUUCGAAGUUCAAAGCAUGGUUUUAUCUUUGCGGAGCACUAGCGUUAUCGCCAUCAUUCGUCAGCUAGUUCCAUUUUUUUCUAAAAUAAGUUGUAAUUCUAUCAUUUCUCUCACUAGCUAUAGCGAAACAGUUCAAUGCUACGGUAUAUGCACAGUACAACAGCUGUUGGCGGGCCCUUUGCUUAGCAAAGUAAAACUAUAAGUACGUGGAUAGGUACACAGGAAUCUGAUGCGGGACAAACAGAUGACGGUUUUCGGAUUGCACAUGUCGCAGUUACUACAACAGAAGCAUAUUCGCAUUGAGUGAUGUUGAUUAGACUACAUAGCACGGUUAAACUAUGAGGUAUAUCAGGAGCUACACCUAUAGCAGAAAAGGAACAAAAAAAUAAUAAAUAUCAGAAAAUCUUGGUAUUGAUGAGGGUAGCAAACAUCGAUAACAAUAAGGCAAAACACACAACAACAAACCCAUUAAACAGAUUGUAGAGAUAUUCUAAUUUACUGAUCGUUAGCGGAUAGUGAACAGCAGUAAAAACUAGAGUAGAGUGAGAUAUUCUAUGUAGCGAUAUGAGUCGCACAGGUAAAAAUAUCAGCAUAAGCAUUAAAGAAUACACAAAAAAUCUGCCAGCUCAAGCAACCCAAUUGCCGUACAAAUAUGGCGGGAAUCCAUUAAAAACACAAGAAACAAUAUGAAAACAUUUAUUUUUCUUCCGGAAGUGUGUUGUGUGUUCGAGCACAGCAACUUGUAGGUGUGGUGUUUUCAAUCUCUUAGUUUAUUUUCUUACCGCAAAGAAAACUGCAAAAUUUAUUUUCGUUGCAAAUUUGGAUUUCCCGUACAACAAGAGACAUGAUAAAAAACGAUAACUUAUAACACAUUACACAUGAUUGAAAAUUUGUCAAUUGCUAACACUGUUCUAUUCAAUCAGGGUCGAUCAGUAAAUAUGGAAAUAGAAUUUUAGAUGUGUUUGUUGGAAUCAUUGCUGGAUUGGAUUCUGCACGUCAUCUGUGCCCUCAUCAUCAUCAACCAUUGACAAUGCUAAUGCUGCCAAAUUGUUGCUUUUGAUUUUUCUGAUGUGUAAUACACAACAUACGCUCAACUUUACUCGAAAGCCAAAUUGUAUCACUCGUCGAAUAUUCUGCACAUGUUCUAUUUUUGUACAGGUGCAAAGUGUCGAAAAUGCUUCGAGUGUUAAGCUACAGAGAGCAACAAAGUAAAUUCCCGAUUGUUGAAAACAAACACACAGCAGAUACUAAUGCGAAGAACUCUGUAGGAAAGUAGUUUUGUGUACUAUGUAGGUUGUAAAAUCCGAUCGCUUCCGCAGCCAAUCCAUCCUAGGUAAUAAUUGUUCCGUAGAUUCCGUCCUUGUGGAAUCCGUGUGUAGUAAACAGGCGUGCAGUCAAAGCUGCACUUUGUAUUUGCAUGCGUACGUGCGUGCAUUUGCAAGUUCUGUUUAUAAACCGUCAGCUUACUGAUAAUACCGAUAGCAUUGUAGUACUGGGCCAAGUAAGGAGGAAAUUGAAACGAAAACCAACACAAACUAUCUAACGAUAAAUCUCAGCGAAGAUCGACUGGGUAUCAUCUGCAUCUGUACUUAUCGAGCAGCAUAUAACUUGUGUGAGGCAAAAAAGGGGAAAACACUAAAAAAGAAGGAAAGACAGUUUCAAAUGAACAUUAGCCAAUGUGAUUAUACAAACAAAACAAGAAAAAAAAACUCACCGUAAUAGUUAACGCGGGGCAUCUGUAAGGCAAGAGUCUCGUUCCUGUCAUUCGAUACCCCGUGUGUUUCGAUGUGUGUAUUGUUACUAUGUAAAGUGGAGAGUGCCGAGGGAUGGUGCUAAAACAGAAUGUUCCCUACCAUCACCUCGUCAUUUGACCGUUGUUAAGCAUAUUACAUGUUGAAUUGAGAAUGCAAUUCCCGGAUAGCUGCUAUGCAGAUUCCAUCCAAAUACAGUGUUAGUUGAAGAUACGAAUCAAAGAGUAAGGAGAAAAAGCAAAACCUCGUCAAAAAACAACAGCAAAAGCAACCAAACACAUGAACACUAAAGCAAAUGAAAAUAGAAGAAAAAAAACACAUAAACAUUUCAGUAAAGUUCUGGAUGUUGUAGAAGAAGUGAUACCUAGCGAUGAAC